UGACGUGUGAAAGAAUUCAAAUUCAUUGCUGAAAAAAUGUUGCAGUUCUGAAAGGCCAGCACAGCCCACAAAAAGAAGAACAAGCAUGCCUUUUUCCCACCAAGUGGCGCAGUGGUCCCUGGUUGGCACGUCACUGGUUAGCACCAGUGUCGUUGCUUUUAGUGGUCGCAGACGGCGAAACGGAGUAACGCUUCACGGACGGUCUGAAGUCGGGUUGUCGAAGCGCGACCAGGUGCUGGACAGUAGUAGCAGUCAAGCGGUGAGUAGCAGUCAAGUGCUACAGGACAAUGGUAGCAGUCAAGUGGUGGACAAUGGUAGAUCGAACAAUGAUGUUGCAGCUUCACGACAGAGGAUGCUAGACGAAAGGCCAGACCACGAAGGAAACGUUCUUGCACAAUCACCUUCAAGGAUACUAGCCUCUUUUUCAUCAUCAUCCACCGCACACCAAGAGACGAAUAAUGUAGGGAGCACAUCAUCCCCGUCACUUGCGCUGCUUCGGACCGCACAAUACCCAGAUCCGUAUGUGACGGACCCCGAUUCCGUUCCUCAGGGUAUCGGAAACCUUCCUAUUAUCCCAAAAACCGCAAAACAACUCUACAAAUGGUUAUGGCUAAAAUUAAAAAUCUACUAACUUCGAGUUUAUAACAAGACAACUUCAACUUUUAAUAACUUGUCUACUAGCUUUUUUGUAUAGAAGUAGAUCUUCAUUUCGUUCUCUCUAAAGUCCUGUACUGAUACAUCGUUACUACAUACAUAGUAUUUUCUCAAAAAAAAUUAUACUACUGUGAAUCUUCUUCUCUAAACCAGGAGCGUGUCCCAGGAGAAAACGCGGAUAUGUGUGGUAGCGUUUUCAACCUCACUGAACACUGGAACCUGACAAACGAGACGGACGUGACUUGGAUUUGCGACAAAUUCGCAAAUGAUGCCUACAACCAGUCAAUAGGCAGUUUCACUGUUAUGGUGACGUGGAGAAAAAAUUGAAUAAUUAGGCAUUAUAGAGGCAAUCAAGGUACCAAGAUGCCACGAAAUUAUACAACCAAGGGAUCGAGAGAUGAAAGCAGUUUUUCUGAUAGAUAUGCUUGACUAGGACCACUGCUAUUCAUCUGCUACUGCAGCUAUUCGGUUAUAAUAACUUUAUUUCCUCCUUCAUCUCUAGCGGUAGUUUCCUGUGUUACAAGCUAGACUGGAUCCUCCCUCUUCAUCUCUAGCGGUUUUUUACAUUACAAGCUCGCGCCACCGUUUAUGCCCAUAUCAGUGAUGAACGCGACGCCGCCACCCUUGCCAUCGUUCGCUCAUCUCUAUGUUAUGGGACACCACAAGGAGCAUGUCGUUGUUGAGCAAGCUUAUCAGGUACUCUACUGAUGAGCAGUAGAUGUAGAACUUACUAUGUCAUAGCACUGUUCUUUCCGCUUCAAAGCUUACAAUUUGAAGUAACCGCCUGAUCCUUUUUUCUGCUCCUUCUCCUUGCUCUUCCUUAUAGUACAUGCGGGAUAUGAUCAUGGUCUAAGCAUUUUGAUUGGUGUAUGUCUCUAGCAUAUUCAAGCACUGAGUCGGAUACAGCUUCAAAGCUGCUUACUUGAGCAUGUUGAUCAGUAAGACUAAGAAUUGCAUUGAACAUUUCUCGAUGAAAAGUGAAACUUCUGAAAGAUUCCUUUUGGUGGCUCUGCAGAUAGGACUUUACUUGCUGAUAGCUAUCCUUUUCUCUUUUCUAUGUUCCUCUGGUCUUUCUUUUUUCUAGUCAGGUCUGCUCAACUAAUUAAGAUAAAGAUAUUCUAACGUAUUCGCAUGCAAAGGGGAGAUUCCUCUGCAUUUGGAACAGAGUUGUGCCCACGCGGGUCCCUGCGCAGAAUGCAUGGUUGCAGAGUGUGCGCAGGAAAAUAUAGUUUAUGAUGGAGUCCAGUUUUUUUCCUUUAUAUCCAGAUUCCAGAACUCACUUUUAUUUAAGAAAUUCAAUUGAACUUGAAGAAAUGACGUUAAAUCGAUCCCCUUUUCGUCCCUUGUCGUGGCAUGCACCUUUUGUUGUUAUUUUCCCUUGCCGGGGCACGACCCUUUUCAUAUCCAGAACCAGACAAGGAUUGAUUGCAACACGGAUAUGGUGUCUUUCAACCGGUUGCAGAAAUCAGUGGAACUCCUUGGCCCUCGCGCGACGCAUUUUGAUUAUGAAUGGCUCAAACUACAAGACAUAUUUUUGUUCUCAAAAGCAAGUUUUUAGUACGGUGUACUAGUUGUUAUCACAAGUUUUUAGUAUGUUGUACUAGUAACGACGUCCUACGCGGGCGGAAAAACCCUUCCCCCCGACGUCCUCCUUGGGGCGAUCUGCCGUAGUGGAGUUGUUAUCAUGUAUGACAACGAAACCGAGGCAUCCUAUCCUAUCCUAUCCUAACUGCUCCUUCUCAAAGUUCCAAAAAUUAGCGCCCACUUAAUUUUCAAAAAGCAGAAAACACACGUUAUUUUUGCGUGCUUACCUAAAGGUACUAGUUCUUUCUCAGUAGGACACGGAGAUGAUUAUGUUGAGAAAUGUCAAGAGAACUGUAGAAGAGGUUCCAUUAUUGACAAAACGCCAUCUAAUCCGAGGCCCACAAAUCUGCCUUCAACGUGGUGACAACCACAACGACCACGACGAGCACGGUCGCGAGGGCGAUGUCCAGGCGUUAAUUCCUGACGGCGCAAUACAGCAGGAGCAUCGCGUAGCAGGGGGAAGCGUCUAGAGGCAACUCAGUCGAGGGAGGCGGUCGUGACAACACAACCUGAGUGAUGUUGUCUGGGUUUCACUCAAAUCAUCAAGUCGUUGUUAGGAGAAUCCAUUCCUUGUCGUCCCGAAGAUAUUCAUGCAGAAACAUCAGAUCUUUAUACAGAGAAAACCUCACAACUUCCAAUGCUAUUUCGUUUUUUCGAAAUUUUUCGUUUGAUGCAAGAAGACAUUCUCACGUAUGGUAAAUGUUGCCUCACCGUUCCAUUCCAACUACUGUCAAAGAGAAUAACAGGCAGCCCUGAGCAGGCGGCUUCAUCCAGGUAGAACUCAAGAAAAUAUAACGAAUACACGAACCGAGCAGAAUAACAUGUCUGACAUGAAACAAAUAACGAUGCAGUGGAGCCAACACAAGCAGGCCUGCAUUUUCGCGUAGGGGAAGCGUCCAACGUCUCGAUCACGGCAAGAUGCUGUUACUUCUAUUCUGGGGUUAGG